AGGGCGUCGACAUCGUCGCCGUCGUCGCCUCCAACGACCCAUGGGUCAUGUCCGCCUGGGCCAAGGCCUCGGGCGUCAAGGACGACAGCAUCCUGUUCCUGAGCGAUACCGAUACCAAGCUUGCGUCCACCUGGGGAUGGGCUGCGGGCGGACGCACUGGGCGCUGGGCUGUUGUGCUGGAGAAUGGGAAGAUCACUUAUGCGGGUAAGGAGGAGGGACAGGGUGUUACUGUUAGUGGUGCUGAGGCGGUGCUUGCUAAGUUGUAAGCGGAGAUACGUGAGCUUUGCGUGGAUUUCGCGGAGGAUGUGGCAUGGCUUUCGUGGAGAGGUAGCAUGGAUUUCAUGGAGAAUUGCGAGAGGUAGAUGAUACAGUGGUGGACGAUUGAGUCUCCGCGAGAAGAUUUCUACAAUAGAGAAUCUCUGCUCUUCAUUCUACUCGUGCAGCUUGUGGUCUAUGAGAUUGUAUCGUUGACGAGAAAAUAGUUCGCUGGCAUUAUGCCUUAUCUCGACCCCGCACCUGGCACAUUUAUCCCACCCACCACCAGCAGCUCGAUCAACACCCAAUUACCCUCCUACCUUAUCCCAGAGCCCCAAAUAAACUUGCCAACCUUCAAUCACUCACCGCCAUAACACUUACUCCCAAUCCCAAGCUCUACGGGUAGUAGCGGUACGCGGCGGGACAGGUGAGUUUGGAAACGUCAUGGCCUUGGCACCCCGUCUAUCCCAGCCGCCGAGGCUGAUUCUCCACGGAUGCCGAUUCUCCGCGGACAGGCGACUUCAAACAAACAAAAUGCAACACAUGAACUAUAAGCAGCCAAAAGGAGAUUUCCAAACCAAUAAACCAAUAGCUAAGUCUUUCGCUCAGAAUAAAUCUCUUCGCCUCGCCGUCCAAUCAAUGUCACACGUUUCAAUUUCGGAUGUUGGAAGGGGGAGUUGGAUGCAUGUUCGGGCUGUCAUAAAGCGGCCGCCGAGAUUCAUCGUUUUUUCCUAACUGGGCACAGCAGUGCACAUUUGAAGAACAACCACAUACAGAAUCUCUACCAGAGAUAGUUGCUGAAUGAAACUGACUUUGAAGUCUCUAUUGAUGGAAACUCAACUAAUGACAAGUCACGCAUGCAUACCUAUGGUAUGGUAUAUCAUUUUUUUUUCGCAAUGGUCAGGGUAUGCGCCUCCUUGCAUUGCAAAGGACAGAGUAUUCUGCUCCUUUCCCUUAAAUAAAUACGAUGGCUCUUUGGGACCAACACAUAUUUCCAAUUGACUACAUCUCCUGAACACGAAAGAUAUCCUCCAUUGAUAAUAGCCUCAUCUCUCAUCGCGACAAUGGAACAGCACGAAAACAUCGUCAACAGCGUGGCUGCUGCAGUCCAAGGCUUCUCAGAACGUGGGAAACCGUACCGCAUCUUUCACGGCUCUAGUAACUCUACUCGUCUGCGCGUCGCGACCAACACCAUCGAUAUCAGCGCCCUAUCCAAUGUAGUUCUAAUCGAUGAGAAGAAGCGCACAGCGCUCGUCGAACCCAACGUCCCCAUGGAUCGCCUCGUUGAAGCAACUCUACCCUACGGCCUCGUCCCCCCCGUUGUCAUGGAAUUCCCCGGCAUCACUGCCGGUGGUGGCUUUUCCGGUACCUCAGGGGAGAGCAGCUCGUUCCGCCACGGGUUCUUCAACGACUCCAUCAUUGAAGUGGAGAUGAUACUGGGGAAUGGCGAGAUUGUCAAGGCAUCGGCCACUGAGCGCCCAGACCUAUUCCAUGGUGCUGCUGGCGCGCUGGGCACCCUCGGCACGGUGACGCUCAUGGAGCUGCGUCUUGUGGAAGCUAAGAAGUUUGUGAAAGCGACGUAUUUACGCCUCAAUGGAGUCUCAGAGGCUAUUGAUCAAGUUCAGAAGGAAACCGGCGACUUGCAGAGCGACUAUGUUGAUGGGAUCCUCUUUUCCAAGUAUCACGGUGUCGUUAUCACCGGUCAGCUAACCAACGACAUACCGGACAACUGCACGCCAACAACCUUCAGCGACGCCGCAGACCCCUGGUUCUAUCUCCACAUCCAGCAAAAGACGGAGAAUCUCGCACCAUUCGCUUCCGUUACGGAGUACAUCCCCUUGGCGGAGUAUCUGUUCCGCUAUGAUCGAGCGGCCUUUUGGGUGGGCCGUCAGGGCUACACUUACUUCAAGUAUAUCCCAUUCAACAGCUUCUUUCGCUGGCUGCUAGACGAUUUCUCGCAUACACGCACGCUAUAUCACGCUCUCCACGCCAGUGGCGUCUCUUCGCAAUUCGUUGUUCAAGACCUCGCUAUUCCGUAUAGCACUGCUAAAGUCUUCAUCGACUUUAUAAGCCAGGAAUUCGGGAUUUGGCCACUCUGGCUUUGUCCGCUGAGAGCUGCGUCAACGCCUACCUUCCACCCGGUUACAUCGGACGGAGACGUGAAGGGAGAGGUCGCAUCUACGAGCGUAUCCAGGCCCAUGCUCAACAUCGGCAUUUGGGGCUGGGGCCCUCAAAACUACGACGAGUUCAUCGAUAAGAAUCGCGCGCUGGAGAAGAAAUUGGAUGAGCUCGGUGGGCGUAAGUGGCUAUACGCGCAAACCUAUUACACCGAGGAGGAGUUUUGGAAGGUCUAUGAUCGCUCCUGGUAUGAAGCACUGAGGUCAAAGUUCAAGGCUACUACUUUGCCUAGUGUGUUUGACAAGGUCAAGGCCGAUAUAGACGGUGGCAGAAGUGAGAAUAAGGGAUGGGCGCAGAGAAUUAGCCAGAUGUGGCCUAUUGGGGGGUUUUAUGGCAUGGUGCUUGCUCUUCGGUCUGGGGACUUUCGUUUGCAUCGAGAUGCGAAGUGGAAAUUACAGUAGUUGGUGGAUUCUGUAGGGCUUGUGCAGAUGGUCGUGAUAUGUAGAACGGUAUAGAUGUGCUAAUGAUAUUAUUAAAUCUUUUUG